AUGCCGUCGCCAGCGUCGCGUUGGGAGGCCGUCGCUCGUCUGUUAUGCCUUCUGUCCGUCACUCGCUGUUUGAUGCAAUCGCCGCUGGUGUGCGUGUGCGAGUGCGUGUGCGAGUGCGUGUGCGUGUGCGUGGUCUCACCACUCCACACUGGCAAUGCUGUCGCUAUGAGCGCCGCACAGCGCUUACGACAGCGACAGGCGGAGGCGCAAGCCACAUCGCCCGCCCCAGCCAGCAAGCGUUUCAAAUCCUCUCACGUCCCCUCCAAACCCAACGGCCUGCACUUCCUUGUGGACGAAGAAGCAAGAGCCGGUAAGCAAUUGAGUGCGAAGCUCACAAAUGGCGUGGCGAGAUCGAAGACGACCAGGGUGGAUGAGUCUCAUGCCGCGGUAGCGCAGGAUGAAGAGUCGGAGGACGAAGAGGAGACGGAUGAGGAGGAAAAGAAGCAGCAGCCGAGUGAGGUAAUUGAGAUCUCGAGUGCCGACGAUUCAAGCUCGCUUCCGGAUGACGAGGAGGACGAAGUCAACGCUGCACCAGCGAGACAGGAUGAAACAUUGGUCAAUGGCCAUGAAGUGCACGCUGAACAGCUCCAAGUUGUCGAAGGCGCGGAAGAUCUGGAGAUGGAGGACGGAGAACCCGAGGAAGAACCCACGUUUGGAGAACAGCUACAAGCACGACACCCAGACACGAUCGAUCUACAGAAGACCCAGGGAGGCGUAGACGGCAAUGGUGCACUAGUCCCUGGUGGAGAUCGACGAGUAGUAGAGGCACCAACAGCUGGAUCGCUCGGUGUGGUACUGGCCCAAGCGUUGAAGACGAACGACAAAGAUCUCCUGGAAAGCUGUUUUGCCAUGACCGAUGUGAACGCUAUCCGAGCCACCAUUCAGCGCCAACAAUCCCAGCAAAUCGCAAUAUUGUUGAAGAGAUUGGCGGAGCGUAUACACAAGCGGCCAGGCCGCGUCGGAAAACUCAUGAUAUGGAUUCAGUGGUCAUUGGUCACGCACGGUGCUUACCUCGCCAAUCAGCCUGCGUUGAUGAAGGAGCUGAAAGCUCUGGCUCAAGUGACUCGAGCAAGAGCCAAUGGCUUACAGCCUUUAUUGCAUCUGAAGGGAAAGUUGGAUCUUCUCAGCGCACAACUCGAGGCAAGGAGAAAUAUGCAAGCCGCAUCAAGAGCAGCAAAUGAUGAGGACGACGAAGAUGGUGUGCUGUACAUCGAAGGACAGGAGCGAGCAUGGUCAAGUGACGAGGAAGCGGAAGCCCAACCUUCGGGCAAGCCUGGCAAGCAACCUGCUGCCACUUUAGCAAAGGCCAUUGAUGGCGGUGAUAGCGAUGAGUCUGCCGAUGAAGACGAGGUACCGAAUGGCUUCAUCAACGGCAUCGAAGACGACAGCUCGGCGGAUGAAGAUGAGGACGAAGAACGAAAUGAACUGCUCGAUGACGAAGCAGAAGAGGCCUCUGAAGACGAGAGCUCCAACGACGAUGCCGAUAGCGCCGCUUCGUCAAUAGACGAAGAUGAAAGCUCAGAUGGCGAGGAGAGUGAGGCUGAAGCGAUCAAGCAACCCAAGCCACAAACGCUGAAUCGCAAACGAUAAUGGAGGUGAAACUUUUUGGCAGCAAGUAUGCAUGGCGUUACUGGCGUUCAGGUAACAUGGCAAGCAAGUGGGUAGGGGACUGUGCAUAUGACCACAACUGUGCACAAUAAGAUGCCCAUUGCCCACACACAAUCCUGUACUUACUUUACAUACUUUGCUGCGCAGCGCUGCACUCAGCACUGCCUUUGGAAAAUGGCUUGCAUAGCGGUCGGCGUUCGAUAGAAGCGCUGUCAAACAAGAUAGCUUCAAUGCAGCAGGAGAGGCGAUGCGCUUCUCGUCAUCUCC